AAAGGAUUAGUUUCGUGUGAUUAAAGUCAGAGUUAUGUUUCACCAAAAUUUCGUGUUCUUUUCUAUUAAAAAUUAUUAUUAAGCUUUUCUAAUGAGCACGAAACAAAAUAUAUUUUUUCUACACCCAGUUUAUUAUAUAUAUAACUUCCUCGCAGUCGGCAUCGCGUCGUGUCGCGAAUGGGGGGCAGGUGCCCUUUUUUGCCAGUUUUCAACGAUCUUCUCCAUGGUUCGAUCAAUGCUAUGCGGAUUUAUGAUUGCCGGAAUUGCCUGUGUGUGUUCUUCGCUCUCUGAUAAAUCGUCGCGGGUGUUAAAGUGGUGAAGAAAAUCAGCGAUCGCAGAGAUUUAUUCUUCUCCCCGAAUUGAGAAAGGGAUCCCCGGGGAAAGAAACAGCACGUCGGGAUUGGAUCCGGUGAUUGUGGCGGGCACCAGACAUGGCCUGGUUCCUUACAAACGACACAGAGCCGCUGGUCGACGAUAAUUACGUGUUGAACGUAAUCAACUACAUUAACGAACUAAACGGGUCGCUUAGCGGCCUCAAGUGUCUCGAACGCGAGUAUGAGGAUCAAAAUAGGAAGGAAGAGCGAUUGGAAUGCGAAGUGAACUGGGACACUAUAUUGUGCUGGCCCCGGACUCCUCCCGGCACCUUGGCCAUUAUCCCUUGCUUUGAAGAGCUCAACGGAAUACCCUAUGAUAACACUCAAAACGCCAGUCGGUGGUGUUGGCCCAAUGGGACAUGGGACAAUUACUCCAACUACUCUUUGUGCCGCGACGUGCGACUGCCGGCGAUCGAGCCUGGGGUAGAAAUAUCGACCACGCUAUAUUUUAUCGGCUACGGCUUAUCCUUAUUCACUUUAAUAGUGGCAGUCUGCAUUUUUAUCUAUUACAAGGAGUUGCGAUGUCUUAGAAAUAACAUACACACAAAUCUAAUGUUCACAUAUAUCAUGGCUGACUUGACGUGGAUUUUAACUACUGUGAUGCAGGUAUUUACGCAAUCAAACAUACCAACUUGCGUGACGCUCUUCUCGUUUUUUCACUACUUUCACUUGACGAACUUUUUCUGGAUGUUCGUUGAGGGUCUAUAUCUGUAUCUGUUGGUCGUGAAAACGUUCACUGGGGAGAAUAUCAAGUUGAGACUCUGCCUAAUCAUCGGCUGGGGUGUUCCAAUCCCUAUAAUAGCGAUGUGGGGAAUCGCCAAGUCGCUGAAUCAAAAAGUUAUGACCCAUGUUGUGAACCAGGUUAAUCAGGAAGUCGCGCUUUGGAGGCACUGUCCAUGGAUGAUACCACAUCCCUAUGACUGGUUUUAUCAAGCACCUGCUAUAACAGUCCUCGCAGUAAAUAUGGUGUUUCUUUUCAUGAUUAUGCGGGUGUUGAUAACGAAGCUAUGGUCCGCCAACAACGUGGAAACGCAGCAAUAUAGGAAAGCCAGUAAAGCUCUCUUGGUGUUAAUACCACUUCUAGGAGUGACGUAUGUGCUGGUCAUAGCGGGACCUACCGAAGGCCAGGUCGCAAAUAUAUUCUCCUAUGCACGUGCGGUGCUACUUUCUUCGCAGGGAUUCUUUGUUGCGUUGUUUUAUUGUUUUCUCAAUACGGAAGUGCAGAAUGCAGUCAGACAUCAUUUUUCUCGAUGGAGCACCGCGCGAAAUCUUGGCAAUCACCGAAGAUAUUAUAAUAACUGGUCGCCUCGUUCAAGAACAGAAAGCAUAAGGUUAUACUGUCAACCGUCAAACCCGUACCAAAAACGGGAAUCUACGGUAAGUGAAACCACAACUACGACAGUGAUAGGCCCGAAUUCCAACACGACGUUCCUCGAUAAAUCCAAGAAUGUUAUUUCGGAGGACCUCAACGAAUGAAACAGGAUUCGCGAGGAAUUUCAAUGUGAGUCGCGUCGCGUCGCAGCAGAUUUUAUCGUCGACAGACUGAAUUUUUCAUGAAUAGCGUGCAGUUAUGUGAAAAAUGUUGUAUUUGUAAAAAAAUUGAAAAUUGACCACAUUUUCUUUGAGAUUUUUAUAGGCUCUUUCCAAGAUGAAAAAUACAGUAAUAACUAUUGCAGAAAUAAUUAUUCACCAGCAAUGACAGUAAUUUAUUUGAAAGAAAUUUGCUCGAUAUCUUCAUUCCAUUAUCAAGAUUCCUAGUUUUUCAUCGCAAUUAUAAUCUUUGAUGAAAGCAAGAAAUUGUACGAAUAUUUGUCCUAUACAUCAAAAUAAAUCAGUAUUUUCUCAUAUAUUAUUAUAUUCAAUAAUAUAGAUUAAUAAAAUAUAUCGAAAAUAUUGUUUUCUAUUCGUAAAUUAAACAGUAAAUCUUUUCAAAUCAAUUUUCAUAGAGUUCAUAAAGUUCACUUUUUCAGUUAGAAAAUACAUGCAGAAUAUAUUUAAGUCAAAUUAUAUUUUUACUUAUUAAUAUUAAGAAACUAAAGAAGGGCAAAGUUUUUAACGUGACUGGUACAAGAACUAAUUUAUUUCGAUAUAUAGUACAAAAAAAAAGAUUUAUACAACUUCUGGUAUGAUAAUACAAUGCCGCUGCAGAAAGGAAAUUAUAGAUAUAAUCUCGGAGAGAAUCUCAAUUUAGACAGUAUGGUCCCAAACGUUUCGGCCAAAUUUUGAGAUUUAUAGGAAAUUUAAUUCUGAACAAAAAGUUUCCUAUAAAUAUGGAUUGAAAAAUGCUUCCUUAAAAAAUUAGCUCCCAAAAACUUUUGAAAUCACGUUUAUCUAAAUAUAUUUUUACAAAUAUCAAGAAAAAUAUGAAUUUUUUAAUAAAAAGUAGCGAAACAAUAUGUUAUAGAAAAUUAAGUUUGAAAAAUUAAUUUAAUUUAAUUCUUUACAAUUUUUAUUUCAGUAUUUUUUAUUAAAAAGCAUAUAUUUUCAAUGAUAUUUAUAAAAAUAACCAUGAUAAAAUUUCAGAAGUUUUUGGCUAACUUUUUAAGGAAACAUUUUUCGAUCUAUAUUUAUAGGAAACUUCUUUUAGAAUUAAAUUUUCUAUAAAAUCUCAAAGACUGAACGAAAUAUUUGGGUCCAUCCUGUAUAACUAUCUGAAAAAGUAGAUAAAUUAAAAAGAAUUGACAAAAAUUUGUUUAGAAUUAAAUUUUUUAAAUAGACAAUUUUUUAUCUAUUCUAUUGCAAUCAUAUCAUCAUUAUUAAAAUAAUUCAUCAUAUUAUCAUAGUUGUAAAUAAAGAUUAAAUGAAUUUUGCACACCAUUGAAUGCAAGCAAAUAGCAGCGAUAAAGAAUAAAAGUUUUUUGAUCAAAUUUUAACAUAACUUAAUCAAUUCAUUCGCGGCAGAAUUAUUUACGACAAAAUUUCUAUCCAUUUAUACUACAUGAUUCGUCGUUUCUAGUUUAAUCUCUCUUUCCAUAUAUUGUAUAUGUCAAAUGACAAAAAAAUAAUAAUUUCAUCUAUAUAUGUUAUGAAAAUACAGAUAUUGUCUGAUAAAUCGAUUAAAUUAAUUGAAAUUUGGUCAAAAUCAUCCUACUCAGAUAUUCUUUAUUGCUAUCUCUCAUUCAGCUUUCUUAAUUUUCAUGCAAGCCGUAUGGUCAAGUAUGCCGCAUUAUCAACACUCAUUCGAACUGCUAUUAUAAGUUAAUACGUGAGAGAUAUUUUUUAUAGAA